AUAAGUAAAAGGGUUAAAUCCAAACUAAACCAUCACAGCUAAUCACAAAUCAGACGGUUAACCACAGAUGAAAAGAAAGAACAAUAAACAAACAAAGGAGAAGAAGAGAAGAAAACAGAGUAUUGAUUGUGGUGGUGAGUGGGUUUAAAGGGAUUUUGCCCCAAAAAUACCCAAAAUUAACCGAUUGAAGGACCCAUGAACGUUUCUUCGGGAGACAAAUAGCGUCAAAACAAGGAAGGAAAGAGUUUGAGUCUGGUUCACGCCAAACCCCCAAUUUGGCUGGCCACAAAAGAGAGAGAGAGAGAGAGAUUGGGGGGUUUUGAUUCCUUCUUUCUUCCCUUCUUCUGAUUCUCUGUUUUUUUUCUUCCCUUCUUCCUCCGUCACCCAUUACUAUAAAGAACCUCUCUCCCCCAUCUUCCAUAACCCUCUCUUCCUUCCCCCGCCACCAAUUUCUCUCUCAACCCUCUUCCCUUCCUCUCCCCGGUUUUCCUGUCCUAAAGUUAUAGACUUUACCAUUUUUUCGGGUACACCCUUUUCCCCCCCUCUCCCAAGUCAAAAUGGAGAAGCUCAGCUUCGUGAAGAAUGGCGUCCUGAGGCUGCCACCUGGCUUCAGAUUCCACCCUACCGAUGAAGAGCUAGUCGUUCAGUACCUGAAGAGGAAAGUCUACUCCUUCCCUUUGCCGGCCUCCAUUAUCCCUGAAGUCGACGUCUGCAAAUCUGAUCCCUGGGACUUGCCAGUUGUUGCAGGGGAUUUGGAGCAAGAGAGGUACUUUUUCAGCACCAAGGAAGCCAAGUACCCGAAUGGGAACCGUUCGAAUAGAGCUACUGGCUCAGGUUACUGGAAGGCUACAGGAAUUGACAAGCAAAUUCUGGCUUCCAAGGGAAAUUAUGCGGCGGGGAUGAAGAAGACUCUGGUUUUUUACAGAGGGAAGCCUCCCCAUGGAACUAGAACAGAUUGGAUCAUGCAUGAAUACCGAUUGCUUAAUCCUGAAACUACUACUCAAGCAAACAACAACAUCUCAACCAAUCAGAGCUCUGUUGUGCCAAUGGAGAACUGGGUUUUAUGCCGGAUUUUUUUGAAGAAGAGGGGAGCCAACAACAAGAAUGAGGAGGAAACCAGAAGUAGCAUUAAGUUUGGUGACCAGAAAAAUGGGAUAAACCUACCCUCCCCCCAACCCAAAACUGGGACUACCACUCCUACUACUAGAAAGGUUGUGUUCUACAACUUCAUGAAAAAGGACAACAAGACACGGGAUUUGAAUGUUGUUCCAUGUGGAUCAUCUUCAGCAUCAAGUGGGAUCACAGAGGUUUCCAGUAAUGAAUCAAAAGAGAAUGAAGGAGAAGAGGAAGAAAGCAGCAGUAAUUGCCACUAUAGUUUUCCUUAUUUCAGGAGAAAACCGUAGAGAUGCCCCCCCCCCCCCCCCCCCCCCCCCUUUUUUAACCACCCCAAUUCAGAAUUACAUUUUAUUUUCACUUCUGUAUCAGUAAAAAUCCAUCCCAAGGCUUAUUUCUAGUUUUAGAAAUAACAUAUCUUGAGUUGUUUGUUUAUUUGAUUCCCUCCAUGUACUAAUGCAAAUCAGUCUCUAGACAGCUUUGUUAAUUUAACUGUUAAUCAAAUCAGUUACCAAUGUAAUCAAAACCAGAACUUCUCCCCUCUGUUAAUUUUACUUUCAUGCAUAUGACAACAGAUGGUGGUUUCGGUGG